AAUUUCUAAUUAGCAGAAACCCCAAAAUUUCAACAAAACUAUCAAAACAGUAUUAAAAGCAGCUGCAAAAAGGACACUUUUUCAUUUUGUUGAAGAGAAGAAUCAGUUGAAUCAAGAAUGCUUCUACGCCUCUAUAAUCCCAUGUCCAUUUUAUCAUCCUCCAUGUUCACCCAAAUUCCCAGGCAGUUUUACAAAUGCCCACUUCCAUUAUUCACUCAUUCUGUGCAACCCCACAUCUCCACUUUCCCUAGACACUUCACCCUUUCAUUCUAUUCUAACAAUGCUCAUACCUCCAAUACUGAGGCCCCUGAUGACCUGCAGCUUCACCUAUCUAAUUCUAAACAAUCUCCUUUGAAACCAGGUUUGUAUCUUGUGGGAACACCAAUUGGCAAUCUUGAAGAUAUAACUCUCAGUGAAUUUGUCGAUGCUUUCAGGGCUUUGCGGGUCUUGAAAUCGGCAGAUGUGAUUCUUUCGGAAGAUACAAGGCAUUCUGGAAAGUUACUUCACUAUUACAACAUUAAAACUCCUCUUCUUAGUUAUCACAAGUUUAACGAGUCACAAAGAGCACAAGUGGUGCUGAGGAAACUACAAGAUGGUGAAAUUGUCGCCCUGAUCAGUGAUGCUGGCACACCAGGCAUCAGUGAUCCUGGAAUGGAACUGGCUAAGCUGUGCGCGGAUAAAAAUAUACCUGUUGUUCCCAUCCCUGGGCCUUCUGCUGUGGUAACUGCUCUUUCGGCCUCUGGCUUACCUACGAAUGAGUUCACAUUUGUUGGUUUUCUUCCAAAACAUAGUUCUUCGAGGAGAGAGAGGCUGAUACUUUCAGCAAAUGAAUCAGCAACACAAAUCUUCUUCAUUCCACCUCACAAGCUUUGUCAAUUUCUUGAAGAGGCUGCUGCUAUAUUUGGCAAGACUAGGCAGUGUGUCAUGGCUCGGGAGAUGACCAAAGUUCAUGAGGAGUUCUGGCAUGGCACCAUCAACGAAGCAAAACAGGCAUUCUUGGCACACCAACCGAAGGGUGAAAUUACUUUCUUGAUUGAAGGCAAAUCAAUCAGUACAGAAGAGAGCCCAUCAGAGUCCCAGCUGGAGAACGAGUUGAGGGAGCUGAUUUCGGAGGGACAUUCUCUUUCAAUGGCCGUCAAGUUGGUAGCAAGUGGAAAGCUGAUGAAACGAAAAGCAAUAUAUUCUCUUGCAUUAAGGAAAUUCGGAGGACAAGUAGAAUCAGAAGAUGACUAACUCUAUCCGGAGAGGAGUUUUCUGCUAUCUUCCACGUCCGUAUGAUAUCAGAGUGCAAGUUAAGGCAAAUGGAGUGCAGCACACUAUCCAUGACUGUUAAGUAUGUGUUUGACUGAAUUCUUGUUGGGGAGAGAGGUUAUUAUAUACCGUAAUGUCGAUACCAUGGAGGUAAAAACUUUGGUUAUAGGAAAAUGACAUGAAAUUUGGUAAGAGAGCAAGCAACAUGUUCCUAUAGUAACAAGCAAUUGUUUGUUAAACAGUCUAAUAGUCUGAGUCACAUAGGAGUAUAUCACAUCUGAUUAGCUUUUUCUUUUUAUUGUUACUCUGUUGUACUUGUAUCUGUCAACAUUUUUCGAUUAGUUUUGUAUAAAAUCGCGCUCAUUUGAUGCA